AUGAUGUUAGUAAUACUCUUGAUGAUCAUGCAGACGUUUGCAUCUAAUAUUGAUGUUUAAAUUUCUUAUAUCGAUGCUUCUUUAAUAAACAUUCAUUGGUGUAGCGAUACUGUAUUGGCACUAACUUCAAAAGGAUCUGUAUACAGAAGUGAUGAUCGAGGCCGUCAAUGGACCAAAAUGUCUGAGAUUUUUCAUCGUAAAGCACUAAUUUAGCUUGAGGAUGCUGGUGAUAGAGUUGGAAUAGUAAAUAAUUUGGUUGCAAGUCCUGUUGAUAAAUAACUCAUUCUUUUUACAGGCACCGAUUAAAUUGCAUGGAUAUCACUUGAUUGUGGUAAAACUAUCACAGCAGUUAAUGCAGGUAAGUAAUUGAGGGAAUAUUAAUUUCAUCCAAUUGAGAAAGAUUGGAUUCUUGCCUCUGCAUGGAAACAAUGUGGUUCAGAUGAACUUCUUGCUGGUAAACCUUGUGUCUCAUACAAGGAACUUUUGUUAAGUCAGGAUACAGGAAUCACAUGGCUGUCCAUAGCUACUUAUGUCAAUCAAUUUACUUGGGGUGUUAAAAACAAAGACAUGGCCAAGUAUACUCCAAAAGAACGAAUUCUAGCAUCAUUUGAUCCUCAAGGAAGAGGACAUUAAUCAAUCAGUAGUUGGAAUAUGGAUGCAAAUUUAUAUUACAGCGAUGAUUUCUUUCAAACUCGUACUUUAAGUGUACCAGCAGGUUCUAGAUUUUUAUUGACAGAAUCCUUCCUAUUUGUAGCUAAAGUCACAUCAUAAUAUACCUAAGAGGUUAGUUUAUAUGUAAGUGGUACUGAAUUAGGAUAAUAUAAAUAUGCAAUUAUCGAUGCCGAUUCAAAAUUAUUAGAACACUCUUAUAGUAUUUUGGAUACCUCAGAAAAUCAAGUUUUCAUGGUUGUUAAUCAUUUGAAGCCAUCCUCUCCUUUGGGGGUAAUUUAUAUAAGUGACUCUACUGGUACAAGGUAUUCUAGAUCUCUGGAGAAUGUGGCCAGAUUAGAAAACAGUGCAGAGUUCUAUAGAGUUCAAGGAUUAGAAGGAAUUUAUUUGGCUAAUGUUUAUGCUGAAGAUCAAGCUAAAAUAUAUUCUCAUCAAGUCUUAGAAGCUAUGGAAGAAGGAUUCUAUGCUUAAUAAAAUGGAUUUAAAGAUGAAGACUUGAAGAAAUACAAAUAAACAAGGAUUACUUUUGAUAAAGGUGGUUAAUGGGUUCCAUUGAAGCCACCCACAGUUGAUGCAGAUGGAAAACCAAUUAAUUGUAAUAAGUGUUAGUUACAUAUUCAUCUUAGUUAAGCCUUUUAUUAAUUUGCACCAAUCUAUACUUAAACCAAUUCAAUAGGAGUAAUUGUGGCUACAGGAUCUAUUGGGAAAUAUUUAAGUUACAGAUAGGAUUAAGUAAAUACGUAUUUGAGUAGAGAUGGUGGUUUAACUUGGAUUGAAAUUAAAAAGGGUUCAUAUAUUUAUGAAAUGAGUAAUCAUGGAGGGUUGAUUGUUAUGUCUAAAGAUUAAGAGACAACCAAUCAGAUAGUCUACUCUUGGAAUGGUGGAAUAGAAUGGGCUCCAUUCAAUUUUUUAGAUUAGAAGGCCGAAAUAUCAAAUAUUAUUACUGAACCUUAGAAUAAAGGAACUAGAUUUAUAGCAUAUGGUUCUAUCUAAUUAGAAUCUAAUGGUAUCAAAACUGAAUAGGGAUUGCUUGCUACUAUAGAUUUAGAUGAAUUGCAUUAGAGGAAUUGUAUUGGUUAAGAUAAACCAGGAGAAGUAGGUAGUGACUAUGAAUUAUGGACACCUUCUGGUUUAGUCAAUCCAGAAUGCUUAUUCGGUAAAAAGGUAACUUACAUGAGAAAAAGAAGAGAAGCAGCUUGUUAUAAUCCAGAUACUCUUGAGAAGAUCAUAAGUGUCACACCAUGCCAAUGUUCGUAGGAAGAUUAUGAAUGCGAUUUAGGAUUUGUGAUGAAUAAUUAAUUAUGUGUACCUAUUGAUGGUACCAUCAAUGUUGAUCCUCCUGCCGAAUGCAAUGACUAUUACACUGUUUCCAGUGGAUAUAGAAAAAUAGCAGGAGAUAUUUGUGAGGGAGGAGUCGAACAUCCCUCAAUGAGAUUCAGUUGUCCUAAUAGUAAGGGUUGGAUCUUCGAUUGGCUUGUUAUUGGAGGAAUCCUUUUUGGAUUAUUUUGGGUGUACAAUAAUUAAGAUAAAGUCAAAGAAUAUUUUACUAGGACUGAAAUGAGUCAACUUCCACAAUCUAAAUCAGAUAAAUUAAUAAAGUAAUUAUAAUAGAAAUAACCAAAGCAAUAGUAAUAACAACAAUAAUAUUAACCUAUUAAUCUUGAAUAAAAUGAUUAGUAAGAUUAGAAAUUUGAUGAGGAGUUGAUUGAGAAAGAUGAAAAUAUUUAAAUGGAUGAUGAUGGUUCUCACGAGUUGAUUUGAUUAUUAUGACUGUUAUUAAUAUUUUUAAUCCUCCAAUUAAUUUAUAUGCAUCUUCAA